AUGGUAAGGCUGGCUGUUGUUCCGGCUGCGCCAUGCCAACGUGAGCUCAGCGCAGCUGUCGCUCGGCAGCAGCUAUGCCAAUCCCUCACCUCCAUACGCUCGUGCCACCCCCUGCCCAUUCCCCAUGCUCAUCCCCAUAUCCCCUCCCCUCCUAUCCCCUUUCCACCCGCCCGUUUCUCCCCCGUCCCCUUCCCCCCAUCCCCUCCGUCCCAUGCGCACCACCGGCCCCACUGGAUGCUGGCAAGAACAUUCUUUCUGAUGGAGCGUAGUAACGAGGGAGCCCCCUCCUCCCCGGACUGGGAGAGCUUAGGUGUGGUGAAGAGCCUCGGGGCACAGAGCGCGAGGGUGAAUGUGCUGCCCCACCUGCUGCCGUGGCUCUCUUCCAGCGCCGCUGCCAGCCUGCGGCAUGGCUCCUGUGCCACCCUGCUCGACUACCACUCCACGCAAACCAAGUUUGAAGGCACCAAUGUGCACUCCUCGCUCUGCCCUCCCUCCCCUCCCUCCCUCGUUGCCGCCACUGUAUUCUAUCCCGUCUCCCUCAUCUCUCGCCUUCGGCAACUCACCCUCGUCUACGUCCCCGACUCAAAGCUGCCGUCACCCCACCGCCCUCCUGCUGCCCUUGCCACUGCACCUGCUCUUGCCCCUUCCACUCCACCUUCUCCCUCCGGUUCUGCUAUCGUCCCUCUGUCUCCCACUCCUGCACUUGUUGCACUUGAGAUCACUCUUGUUCGCGCCUCGCCUCGCCGCCUGCCCUCACGUCUCACCCCCUCAAAGCCUGUCGAGAUAUCGCUUAUCAGAGACAUCAUAUCGUUCGUGUCCCGGCGAGCGUCAACAAAUGCGGCGAAAGAGGGUCUGUUGAAUGCAAGUGUGCAAGAAUUGGCUGAUACAGAUGCGCCUGGUCUGUCAGAUGAAGAUGUGAAGGAGCUGAAUUGCAUGCUGAAGACAUGGGGAGUUGAUGCUGAUGCAAAGCAGCUAGACACUGUUGUUGACGAGUAUGGAAGGACUGCGGUGCAUGUUGCUGCUCGCGAUGGGGAUGUAUUUGUGGUGCAGGCGCUAUUGGGGCUGGGCAUGCUUGUUAGCGUGCGCUGCAACAACCGCAGCACACCCAUGCACCGAGGUGCGUGGGGCGGGCAUGUGGCGUGCAUGAAACUGUUGCAACGUUAUGGUGCUAACAUCCGUGCUUGCACUAACAAAUGCUGUGAGUGUACAGAGAAGCAUCUGCUGUUGCCCCCUACCGUCUUCCUCUCCGCACUAUUGUGCACAGUGCAACUGCUUCUUGCCUAUUAUUCCCUCCCACCCACCUUCUCCCCAUCAUUCAUUCCUUCCUCCCACUGUCGCUCUGCCCGCUCCCCCCGUUGCGCUCCCCCCGUGUGCCACUCCCACAGGGACCCCACUGCACAACGCAGCGAGGCAGGGCAAGUGGGAGGCAGUGAAGUGGCUGGAACGGCAGGGAAUAGUCCCCCAGGAGGUGGAGACCAACCCCUCGCCGGAGGUGCUGCCUGA